AUGGAUUGCGUAUACAUAGGGUAUUUUCGCGAUAGACAUUUUGGAAAAAGGAGAUUGAUGGGCUCCAAUAAAGAAAGUGCUUUAAAAUCGAUGAUUCAAGAGCAUAAUGAUCCAUCCGUCUACAUAAGGAAUCAAGCGCACACCCUUAUGAGAGAAGGUGACAAUAUACCUGCUCAAAUACCUACUGCUAACGCUUUAAGAGUUCUUAAGUUUAGAGCAGUAGCAGCUACAAGACUUCACGCUGAUCCAAUUACGGCGUUACAAUUGAUGAAAGAUAAUAGUCCAGUUUCAACAUCAAUUCACGGUAUCGGUCUGGAUAAAUUUUUCGUUCAUUUUUGGAGCCCGUUGCAAUUGCAAAUUUAUAGACAAUGUCACAAAGAAUUUAGUACACCAACAAUUUCAUUUGAUGCUACUGGUGGAUGUUGCAGAAAAAUUCAAAGAGAUAAAUCUGGUCCAAUUUUUUUGUAUGAAGGUGUCAUGCAAUUAAAAAAUAGAAGUUUUACGGCCCUUUCGAUGCUCUCGGAAGAACAUGACAAUUUGUCCAUAUUAGUAUGGCUUAAAAGGUGGUUAAGAUGUAAUGUCAAACCACCUAAAGUAGUAAUUAGUGACCAGUCUCUGGCUUUGAUGUCUGGCCUAGUACAGGCAUUUACACAAUAUUCUUCUCUCGACAGAUAUUUAAGCGCAUGCUUCUCCAUGGUUAUUAAAAAUGAAGACGUAGAAAUACCUUUAUGUUACAUACGAAAUGAUGUGAACCAUUUUAUACAUCUUGUAACAAAGUGGGGUCCGAUAAAAAAUUCCAUUUAUCCAAGCACAAAACAAAUAAUUACUAGGACAAUGGGAUUACUUGUUCUUUGUACAUCAAUUAAAGAUACUGAGAUGAUAUUAGAAGCAUUAUUUGAUAUAAUUUUAAGCAAAUACGAUGGAAAUAUUGAGGGCACAGAUGCAUGGACUCCUUGUUAUAUAGCCAAACGAUAUUUGCAAUCUUUAGUAACAACUAGUGUCUUAAAUUUAGUAGAACCUGAAGAAAGUUAUGAACAAGAUCUGAACAAUUCAAAUAGAACCCUUACCAAUGAAGAUUACGAUGCUGAUGAUGAAAACGUAUAUAACGCCAGUACAUCUUUCAAAGAUUGGGCACAAUCUAUUGCUGACAAGUCUAGGUCAAAAGUUGAAUCAGUAAAGGGAAUCUCUGAUAAUGCACAAUAUCUACUUGCGCUAGAGCCAAUUAUAAUAAGAACAUUUAAAUUAUUUCCCUGUUGGUCUGCAAUAAUGAGAAAAAAAUUUGGGUUCGGGGAAGAAACUGCCUCUAGUAGCAGGAUUGAAAGUAAUUUUAAUCAUAUUAAAAAUCGCGUGUUCAAGAAUAGUAAUUUGCCUCUGAGAGUAGAUUCAUUUGUAGAACAACUGAUAGCGUAUUAUAGAGGUGAUCACCUUUUAUUGCAAGGAGGAAACGAUGAUCAUUUGAUAACUCGUAGCGAUGAAGGCUCUCAAGAUAAAAAUGAUAACAUCGCAUUUGAAGAUGAAAACAAUUUUAGUAUAUCCCAUAAACAUAAUAAUGAUGAUUUAAUAUCAAUUUUAAACGAUGACUUAAGUAGUGGUAGCCAUUAUAUUUUUGUGGAUAAAAAUAAUAUUAACUCAUUCCAAAUGCACUCUGACGAUGACUUGAUGACACGUGACAACGAACGCUUGUGUAAUGGUAGUGGUCUUAAGUGUGAUGAGCAAAAUAAUAUUAGUAAUAGUUCAACGGACGAUUCAUCAUUAUGUUCCUACAGUGCCAUUGAUGAGAUCGACGAACAACCGUCUUUUAGCAGUUCAGUUUCUGACUCCAGUUCUAAUAUUAGCCAAUGCCAAGCAUGCAGAGUUGGAAAUCUUCCAACGGGUCUUCACAAAUGUGCACAGUGUGAUAAAUCUGUUCAUAUUUUGUUUGGUUGCUCCAUCAGAAUUCCUGGCACGACUGAAGGUUGUGGUGAACCGAGAAUUUGUCUUGAUUGUGAUAAGAAGAACUCGGCGAUAGCUGAAAAUAAUGCAACAGAAAAAUGGAAUAGAAAAAGAAAGCUUUAA